AUGUGGAAAGUUUUUACAUUGAAUGGAACCUACAAAUGGAUUAACAUAUGUCCGCGUCUUGUAUCGGAGUACAACAGACACAAGCACCAGACCAUCAAUAUGCGUCCAGUCGAUGUGACCUCUGCUAUUGUUGAGAAACUUCUAAGUACGGUGAAGUGCAAUGUAAAGAUUACAACUCCAGCGAGAUUCAAGGUGGGUUACACCCCAAAUUGGACCAUUGAGGAGUUUAAGAUAGCCAAAGUACAGGCAACUAAUCCGGUGAUUUACCUGCUCGAGGAUUCCCGCAAAUAUCCGGUCGCCGGAGGAUUCUACGAGUACGAAUUGCAUCGCGUUGCUAAUCCUUAUGUAUAUCUCGUAGAAAAGAUGUUGCGGAAAAAUGGUAACAAGGUUUAUAUGAAAUGA